GUCACUCUCAGCUGUUGUUUCCACUCUCUUAUAUCCAGAUCUGAUCUCCAAAGGAAUUUUCAGGUAAUUUCAAAACCCUAGCCCUAGAUCUCUCCUUAUUCUCCUUCGCGUUUAUAAGUAAGUUAGAAAAGAUGGGCCGUGGAGUUAGCAGUGGUGGUGGGCAGAGUUCAUUGAGCUAUCUGUUUGGGAGCGGAGAAGCUCCGAAACCAGCGGCAAACAACUCCCAAGCCGCUCCGGCCGAAGCACUGGCCAUCCCCAAACCUGCCUCUGCUCCUGAAUCAGUAGAUGUCACCAAGCAAGUUCCUGCUGGUAUUAAUAACAGUUCUUCCACAAACAAUUACAUGCGUUCUGAUGGUCAGAACUACUGCAAUUUCAUUACGGAUCGACCUUCCACCAAGGUUCAUUCUGCCCCUGGAGGUGGAUCUUCUCUGGACUACCUUUUCGGUGGGGUGCAAGGAGGUAGUAAAUGAGAUUGUGCCUUGAUAAUGAUUAAUAUCUUUGACAAUGUGAGUAUUGUUUGUUGAUUUUUGGGGUGAAGCAGUAAGUUGUGGAUGAUGAUGGUGCUGUUUUCGUAUAAUGUUGGAACAUAAA